AUGGCAAGUGAGAAGCUCGAGAAGAUCAGAUCCCAGGUUGAGUUUUACUUCAGUGAUGCAAACUUCCGAGUCGACAAGUUUCUUAGGGAACAGUCUUUGGUGAACGAUGGAUAUAUUCCCAUAAAGACGAUUGUCUCGUUUAACAGGCUUAGGAGCCUUGAAGCAACGGUUGAGGAUGUCAAGGAAGCACUUAAGGAUAGUAAGGUAGUUGAGGUUAAGGAUGAGAUGGUAAAGAAGAUUGAGACUGAGGAGUAUCUAUCAUAUGUCAUGGAAAAGGACAUAAGCAAAAGGGUGAUCUACAUCGAUGGGUUUCCCAAGGAUAUGAUGCUUGAAGAUGUAAAGGAUACACUAUCUCCAUUUAUCACACCGGUCCUGAUUAGGAUGAGAAGGGACAAGGGGAAGAACUUUAGCGGAAGUAUAUUCGCAGAGAUGAAGUCUGAGGAGGAAGCCCAAAAGGCUCUGUCUGAGAAGAUUCCUGCAAAGAAACAAAGUGAUGACGAGGAGAAGGCUAAGAAGCAGAAGAGUGAAGAGAAGUAUCUUGUGAUAAUGACGAAGGAAGAAUAUCUCAAGGAGAAGGAGAAGAUGUCUGCAGAAAAGAAAGAAAAGGAGGCGAGGGAAGCUCUUGAGAAAGAGUUUGUACCAAAGUUAUUUAGAUACGAGUCUGACAGCGAUCUUGACAUCAAGGCAGUAAAGAGUUUGGUUAAGAACAGUGCCUUUGUGGAUACUAAGGAGAAAGUGGUAAGGAUGAAGCAUGCAGAAGAUUUCAAAGAAAAAAAGUUCGAGAAUGAAGGAAGAAGUUUGACGCUUAUUAAGAUGGAGGAGGGUGAAGCUCUUGAGUAUUGUAAGAAUAUCAAGGUUACACCCAAGAAGCCAAAGUCCGCUAAAAAAUAA